AUGUCGUUGACCCUCCCCCAGGUUGUCCUACUGGACCUUGCCCUGGCCUUUGCUUCACACCAUCUUUGGUUCAGAAAAUACGAACCUAGGUCACCCAAGGCCAUACUGGCGGUGACGACCGGUCUCACCUCACCCAUCGUCCACUUGCUCGUGCCACACACACCGAGCGUGAUCCAUGCCUUCCUUCUGGCAAAUAUCAUCCACAUCUCUGGGCUGUUUCUCUCCGUCGCUUUAUACAGACUUGGCCCUUUUCAUCCCCUAGCGGCUAUCCCAGGUCCCAUUCUUUGCAAGCUCAGCAAGAUCUGGAUUGCGUCCGUGGCCUGGAGAGGGGACUUACAUCGGUACAUCAAGAGUGUGCAUGAUGAGUACGGGUUGGUUACGAGGAUUGGGCCAAACGAAAUUUCUGUCGUUGAUAAGAAGCUGCUUCCGGCUAUUCUGGGCGCUAAUGGAAUGCCUAAAGGACCAGUUUGGGAUGCCCGCCGGAAAAUCACCUCGCGCGAUACCAAGAACCACAACAAUCUUCACGCAGUCCGAGACUUGAAACUCCAUGCAGAACUGCGUAAGCCGUGGAACAAGGCGUUCGCGAAGGAGGCUAUGAAGGAUUACGAAGAGCUCUUGCUUGCUAGGAGUUUGGAACUCGUGCAGCACCUCCAAGCGAAGUGCUCCGAGAGACCUGUUUCGGAUGGGAAAGAGGGGAGCAAGGGCGUGGUCGUGGAUUUGGCGCGAUGGCUGAGCCUGUUUUCGUUCGAUUUUAUGGGAGACAUGGCGUUUGGAGGCACUUAUAAUCUCAUGAAAGACCAAGAUUCUGGUAAUAGUUGGGAUAUUAUGGAAAAGAGUCUGCUUUUUCCCAGCGUGGCUCAGCACGUUCCCUGGGUUGCGCCUUUCACCCACCUGUUCCCUUCUGUGACUAAGGCCUCAGUCGAAUUCACAAAAUUUGCAGCCGCCCAAGCCAAGAAGCGCGCCGCCUCGGAACCACAGCAACGGGAUCUCUUCUACCAUUUGAUCAACCACACUGAAGCAGAACCUGGGACAUCCCCGCUCCCUUUAAUCAUGUCAAGCUCGGUGCUGGCCAUCGUCGCGGGCUCGGACACCAUCGCGACCGCUUUGAGCAACACGUUCUACUUCCUGCUUGCACACCCUGAAUGGCUUGAGCGGGUUCGGAAUGAAGUUGACUCACUAUGCGAAGAUCUACAGCUUCCAGAGAAGGAGGUACCUCGACCGGAGAAAUUGGCGCAACUGGAGGUGUUGGGUGCAGUCUUGAACGAGACUUUGAGGAUGCUGCCGCCUCUACCCUCACAGCUCCAGCGAGCACCCGCUGAAGGUAGCGGUGGUCAGCUUCUCGGAUUGAUAUUUUUACCUGAAGGAACGGCAGUCCAAAUCCCACCCUACAGUAUCCACCGCAAUCCAGCCUAUUUCUCACCUUCCCCCGACCACUUCCGUCCCGAACGAUGGCUCCCUCAGCCUUCCCCUUUCUCCUCCAGCGACUUCACUUCGUCAAACUCGAGGCUCGACAAAUCUGCGUUCAUCCCGUUCUCUCUCGGUCCUGCCAACUGCGUUGGGAGACACCUUGCCAUGGACGAGCUACGUUAUAUCGUUUCACUCUUAAUCCGCAAUUUCUACAUCCAGUUUGAAGAAGGGUACGAUCAGGGAAGGUGGGAGAAGGAGCUGGAGGAUCGGUUCUUGGUGGUUAAAGGCGCGUUGCCGGUGCGGGUGAGGGUCAGGAAGGAGUCGAGGGACACUCAAUAA